UACAAAUAAUUAUAUUUAUAAUUAUUAUAAAGCCCGUUUACAAAGGCAUUUAGUAAUAGUCGAAACACUUUUACCCAACUUGGACAAUAACAAUAUUUUCCGGACUAUACGCAACACUUUUAGGUAGUGGCCAGCCCUGUGAGUUUUAAUUCUUGAGUGACCCGUUUGUCAAAAGCAUACUGUACUACAUUUUUAUGGCCACAAGAGGGCGCCGUUUACACGGACGACAACAAGAUGCUACCGCAACAAAUAAAAAUUACACUACUUAACACCAGUUAGUGGUUGCCUUUGAGACAUAAAAACAUCUCUUUAAAGUCUGCUACGUUAAUAUAUUUAGCCAAUUAUCUUUUACGAUGCUGUGUAAAUUAAUAGCCGUUUCAGUUUUAGUGGAUAGUCAAAAGUUACAUCAUUCCCACCUACUUGACCUUAUUUUAGUAUCCAAACAUUUCCACCCUAUAGUCUUUUUUUUCCAGAACUCUCCUUAUGCUGCGGUCCACCUACAGAGGUUACGUUUGUAAACUCAACCCCGCCCUUAAUUUUACUCGUAUUAAAGAACCUGUUCCUUUACAUAUCCUCUGUCAACCCCGCUGACUCGGCUUGUCCUUUGGAGAAAUGGCGACGACAGUUAAGCUGAACACCGGUGCUCUAAUGCCAAUUGUCGGACUCGGGACGUGGAAGAGUAAAUGCAAGGACGCGGUGAAAACAGCCAUCGCUGCAGGUUACAGACACAUCGAUGGAGCAUAUGUUUACCACAACGAGACUGAGGUUGGAGAGAGUAUUGAUGCCAUGAUAAAAGAAGGAGUGGUGACGAGAGAGGAGCUUUUCAUUGUCAGCAAGCUGUGGAACACUUUCCACCGGAAGUCCAUGGUGAGGCCGGCCUGUGAGAAGACUCUUAGUGACCUGAAACUGGACUAUCUGGACCUGUAUCUGAUGCAUUGUCCCAUUAGUUUCAAGCCUGGUGAUGUUGAUAUGCCCCUUGACAGUGACGGAAAGGCAUUCGGUGAUGACGUUGACUUCCUGGAGACUUGGGAGGCUAUGGAAGAACUGGUUGACGCCGGUUUGGUCAAAGCUAUCGGUGUCUCCAACUUUAACCAUGAGCAGAUUGAAGCCAUUCUUAACAAGCCGGGCCUCAAAUACCAGCCUGCUAACAACCAGGUGGAGUGCCACCCGUACCUGACCCAGGAGAAGCUGAUCAACUACUGCCACUCAAAGGGCAUCUCAGUGACAGCCUACAGCCCCCUGGGCUCUCCUGGCAGACCCUGGGCUUCAGCAGAUGACAAGCCACUUCUGGAGAAUCCAGAAAUUAAAGCUAUAGCAGAAAAGCACAAGAAGACAACAGCUCAGGUCCUGAUCCGCUUUCACAUCCAGCGAAAUUUGAUUACCAUCCCCAAGUCUGUCAAUCCUCGGCGCAUUGAGGAGAAUUUCCAAGUCUUUGACUUUGAACUAACUAAGGAGGAAAUGAAAACACUGUUGGGAUUCAACCAGAACUGGAGAGCCUUCACCAUGCAUUGGGGCACCAACCACAAGAACUUUCCGUUUAAUGCGGAAUACUGAAAAAAGAGUGUGGGAAAAAGAGAGAGUUUUAGCGCCGCAGCGUUGAGAUUUGCCUUGUUCCUUAGAACGAAUGCAAUUGCUAUGGCUUUAUAGAAUGUAUUUUUAGACAAUAUGAAGGUCACAAACACUACAUUUUUUAUGGUUUUUUUUUUACAGGUUUAAUGGUUUUUAGAUUUCUCUGUGUAGGUCUCAGGUCCCUCCCACAUUUUUUCCCGCAGGCUAGGGUUAAUUGAAUACAUUUUAAAUCGACCAUUUUAAAUUAACUCUACAGUAUGUGUGGCUGUCCAUGAUGUACCCGACCCUCAUCUGAUAAAAAAGUGUCAUGUUCUAAUUACGUAAUACUCAUUUUUAUGAUGGUCUUGACUGUCUGCUUCAGUUGAGUGUUUACAUUAAAAUAACCAGACAGAGGCCACAGAUAAAGAGACACAAAAAGAAACAAAUACUAUUGAUGUGUGUUUUAUUUCCAAUUGAAUGUAUCAUGUGUUUAUAAUAUUAAACUUUGGUUAUUCCAGAUUUAAUAUUUACACAAAACUAAAUAUGAAAAAAUCUGCAUUAUACAUCUGGUGAGAAGGUAAAACUGCCGUAAAUUUUUCAAUAAAUAUUAAUUUCAGUCCGCG